UUCGUUUCUCAAUAAAGGUCCACCCAUAGCUUAUAAGGCUCAGCUCAGCUCUUAUACAAGCACCAGUUUAAGAGAAUCCUGCUUCGGUACUUUUGACAGAUAUGGAUCCUUUUACAAUGAUCGCGACAGGUGUAGGAGCAGCCGCAGCAGUUGUUGCAGCUCCUGCAGUUAUAGCGGCUGCUGGCUUUACUGCUGGAGGAAUUGCUGCAGGUUCUAUUGCCUCCUCCAUGAUGUCAGCUGCAGCUGUGGCUAACGGAGGAGGGGUCGUAGCUGGAUCUGUGGUAGCAGUUCUUCAAUCCGCAGGCGCAGCAGGACUUUCUGUCGCAGGUCAAGCCGCAGUGGGUGCUGUGGGGGCCGCCUUGGGUGCUGCUGCAAGUAUGGCUAGCAACGGCACUGCCUAAGUUACUUUGAAUCCCCCCAAAAAAGUAAAUAAGUACUUUCAUAAUCUCACUUACUGUCUCUUGUCUUGUGAUUAAACAUUCCUUGGUGUGAACUAUGAGAUCAUGUAGCCUAUAUUGUUUGUUAGUAACCAAUAAUCUCACUUUUGCAAUAUAAAUGUUGAUGCUCAGUUUGCAAAUUGAUACAGUAAUUAUUUGUCAAUGUUUUAAACUUUCAACUGCACUUCAUGUGUUUAUUACUUUGUAUUAAAAUACAUCUUGUUGCUUCUUUUCUUGACGUUAA